UUGGAGUAUAACGUUGGAGUUCUAGUCGCGAUUCUAUGAGAAACGGAGUCGCCGUCACGUCACGUCGUCGUGUCUAUCUAUCUAUCGGUCAGCGCGCGAGGUGGGGUGGAAGUCAGCCGCUCGACGACGGCGUUUCGACGUGAACAUCCAGCUCGCCCGCCGACUGGCGAGCUCAGUCAAGCUGAAACCGCCAAGGAUCGCGAUAGAGCGAGCGCGCGCACGCGUGCCUUACACGGCCGCUCUCGUCGCGUUUCACUAUUUCUCGAUGAACCGCUCGCGGUCCAGGAGUACAAUCCGCGGUAAACCUGGUGUCGAUCUGCGAUCAGUGCGCGUUCCAAGUGCGUUCCACCUGAAGGUUCUUCCCUUCCCCCCUCCCUCCCCUUUCGUCCUUUCCCCGGCAGUGAUAUCAUACGAUAACGCGACAGUGACAAGGAUACGGGAUGACAAUGCGCGGAUUUUUCACGCGAACAUGAAAUAUGUACGUGCGUGAAGUAGAAUUACUAUUCCGGGACGAAUUCUCGAGGCACAUCCGCGAUGCUAUUGCUAUUUUUACGGCUAACCAGGCGGAACUCACUUAUGGGAUAUGAUGUCAGUGGAAUAAAGGAAGAGGACGUCUACCGCCUUAUCGGUAGUCCGACGUAUCGAUAGGCCUUAAAAAGCGCGCUGAAUCAUCGCGCGCGCGCUUAGUAAAAUUGACGACGCGGUAUCGUCCUUUACGACUGCGGUUGGCCUUUAUACGAAGUGUCGCGCAAAAUUGUACGUAGAUACGAGCAGGUAUACAUCGCGAUCCGUUGGAUAUCGAACAUAUCCCCUCUAACGUGAUUUCUUCGGCACUCGCCAAUUAACCAAAGAAUGCCGCGGUAACCUAUUUGCGAAUCGAGUUAAACCGCGUGGAGAACGCGACGAUGAGUUCGCCAGCGAAGCAAGGCGCGACUCGUUCCCCGGAACGGUGAGAAUUCUCGUGAUGAACAGUGAUGAUCACGUACACGAUGAUCGAGCCACGCAGCGACAGGGUGACGGUCUGCUCGCCCCAGACCCAGCACCACUGUUAUCAAGUGAUACGAACCACCAGAGUGCAUCAAAGUUCGCGAACCUCGAGGAUGGUGACCGUCCAGGAGAGGGUCGUCAGAUCGCGUCUUCAAUUGGGUUACUCCACGCCAACGUCGUUCAUCAAUCGCUUCCCGACAAAGAUGGAGAGGCCCCUGGUAUCGCACGGCAAUUCGGGUCAGGUCCACGGCAACAGCAUGCACGGCGCAUACUCGUCGUCCGGUAGUCAGACGUCCCUGUCGACGACGUCGUACAUCACCGGCCAGUCUUACAUGCAGAGUCAGAAUUACGGGACGCCCCCGUAUUCUUCCGCGAGCGUGCAGAUAUAUCCGUCGCAUGGCGCGACGGGUUACUCACAGCCGCAGAGCUACGGUACCGUGGUACAGGGCUUUGGCGGGCAACCACAGUCCGCCGCAUAUCAACAGAGUCACCUAAAAAAGGGAUCGGUCCGCAACGGCGACGUGCUCAAGCGAUGUCGACUGCAGACCGCAUACGAGUUGUCACAGGAUCUGCUCGACAAGCAGAUCGAGAUGCUGGAGAGGAAAUACGGUGGCGUGAAGGCGAGGAACGCCGCGUUGACGAUUCAGCGUGCUUUCCGCAGGUAUACGUUGCUGAAGAAAUUCGCGGCGAUUACAGCGAUGGCAAAGGCGGAGAAGCGACUGAGCAGGAAGCUUCAGGAGGCGACGACGGAUCGUUCGGGCAACCUCAACGAUCACGAGAGAAUGGUUUAUCACAAUCAGAUAUACAUUCAGCAAGCGCAGUCCGCCAACAGACCGAUGCCGAUUCGCAGCAUGUCUCUGAGGGAGAGGCGGCACGUGGACAAUUCCCAGUCGCCGAUACCGAGGAGUCAGAGUGGUAGAUGCGAGGUUCAGGUCAGCGGUCAUCAGCACACGAAUCAUGGCUUGCAUCAAAGCGGUAGACACACGCCCUCGUUGGCGCCCAGCCCGUGCAACCGGCAUCAGCAAUUACCGCCGAGUCCCUGUUGGGAGUCGAGCUCCCAGGAGAGCGGUUCCAGUAUCCAUUAUUACAAUCCACAGGAGGCCUUGUGUGGUCUGAGACAAGAGACGCCGCCGAGAGAUUUGCUGCGGACACCGUGUACGUCACCGUCGGCGCCGCAUAAUAUGACGACGAUAUCGCAAAAUUGGAACAACGCCAAUCAGCUUGGUCCUGGUAGAACAUCGAGAGGAAGUUCUGGCAAGAAGAUUCCGCCAGAGGUACCGAAAAGAACGUCCUCCAUCACUUCGAGAUCCAUGGAACCGCGUCACAACGGUCUCAGUAAAAGCGUGGAGAACGGAAGUCUAAGUUCGGUGCAGAGCUCCGGCAGCGAUUCCACAAAUUGCGAGAGUUCGGAAGGUGAUGCUCAGAGAGGCUCACCCGUGUGGAAGCACAAAGCGAUUUCGAGUUCGCCGGAGCAUCAGGAAUGUGCGAGUCAUACUACGGACGCGACAACGAUGGCCACUAACGUUAAGGAGCUCGGCCAUUCGCAUGCCAGUUCCGGCUACCAACUUCCUUUGAUGGACCAUACGGAGAAUCUGCCGACUCAAACAAGUUAUAAAGUGUCCGAGACGGUAAGAAAGCGACAGUACAGAGUCGGUCUAAAUCUCUUCAACAAAAAGCCGGAGAGGGGAAUCAGUUACCUCAUCAGACGCGGAUUUUUGGAAAACAGUCCGCAGGGAGUCGCCAGAUUCCUAAUCAGUCGAAAAGGAUUAUCCAAACAGAUGAUAGGAGAGUAUCUCGGGAACUUGCAGAAUACCUUUAAUAUGGCGGUACUUGAAUGUUUCUCCCAGGAGUUGGAUCUUUCUGGUAUGCAGGUAGAUGUAGCUUUACGAAAGUUUCAAGCUUAUUUUAGAAUGCCCGGCGAGGCGCAGAAGAUCGAACGUUUGAUGGAGGUCUUCAGUCAACGUUAUUGUCAGUGCAAUCCCGAUGUAAUAUCGAGGUUGCGGUCAGCUGAUACUGUUUUUGUCCUGGCCUUUGCCAUUAUCAUGCUUAAUACAGAUUUGCAUACGCCCAAUUUGAAACCCGAACGCAGAAUGAGACUCGAGGAUUUCAUAAAAAAUCUUCGAGGAAUCGAUGAUUGCGGCGAUAUAGAUAAAGAUAUCUUAGUUGGCAUUUACGAACGGGUGAAGGAUAACGAAUUCAAACCGGGCUCCGACCACGUAUCGCAAGUGAUGAAGGUUCAAGCGACUAUUGUUGGAAAGAAGCCAAAUAUGGCACUACCGCAUAGAAGAUUGGUAUGUUAUUGCAGACUUUACGAGAUACCGGACAUUCAUAAAAAGGAGAGACCCGGCGUUCAUCAGAGAGAGGUUUUCCUCUUCAACGAUUUGCUCGUCGUUACGAAAAUUCUAAGCAAGAAAAAGAACAGCGUAACCUACACCUUUAGGCAGAGCUUUCCACUUUGCGGCAUGGUGGUUACUCUAUUCGAGGUUCCUCAUUAUCCAUACGGCAUAAGACUCUCUCAGCGUGUCGACGGAAAAGUUCUAGUCACAUUUAACGCUCGAAACGAGCACGACAGAUGUAAAUUUGUGGAAGACCUCAGGGAGUCCAUCAGUGAAAUGGACGAGAUGGAAACUUUGCGUAUCGAAACUGAAUUAGAGAGGCAAAAGAGCAGUAGAGGCGCGCGAGGUGGUGCGGAAAAUAGAGACUCUGGUGUCGCCGACGUGGAGAUAUGCCCUUGUCCGGGUACUUGUUCCGACAGAACAGAAACGGUCGAUGUCGACACGCAAUUGAAACGUUCCGCCCUUAGUAAUUCCCUUUUAGAUAUACACGAGCAAUUUGCUGGUGAUAAGCCGCAACGUCGUGGAAGCGUGGGUUCUUUAGAUAGCGGUAUGUCUAUUUCAUUUCAAUCUACUUCCGCCAGUUCAAUGAGCCAAGGCAUUAAGCAUCCCGGACAAGUUCAUUCUAUUCAUCCAGGGUCUACGAUCCCUGGCGCCGGUAGUAAAGGACUGGCUCAGCAGCCGUCUUUUUUAGGAGGUCUUUUCGCCAAACGAGAGCGAAAGCUAUCGCAAUCUGAAGAGUCUGGUCCAUACAGUCGCACCACGGAAGUAUAAUGUGCGUGUAUUCUUCCAGUAAUGUAAAAUAAGAAAUGCAUCUUUGUAUACCUGUUUUUUUUUCUAGUACGCUUCGUGUUUUUAAUAAAGCACAUCUCGCUACGACGCUAACGCCAAUUUUAAAUAGCAAUAAUUAUACUUGCAAAUUUGUUUAUGAUAAUGUGAAAUCAUUUUUUCUUCAUUCAGUCUUUUAUAUAGUUUCUUCUGUGGUUUAACAAUGAAAAUAUGGAUGCACUUAAUGCAAGCAGCAAGACUAUGCGCGAGAAUUGUUCUAUUAGGUUAUAUAAUAUAAUAUAUCAUUUUAUAUAUACAAUCACGAAGCGUGCUAAAAAAUGAGAUAUUGAUGACAUAAAGCUAAAUUCAAGGACAUGAAUUUAAACAAGGAUUGGGCAGGAUCCAAUCGAGAUCAUCUGGCGUAUAAAGAGAAAAAAAAGUUUAAUCUAUCUUCUCCUUCUCCCGUAUAACGUGUGUAUAGUAUUUAUUCAUUAAAAAAAGAAAAUAAUGGACAUUUUUCAUACUGUAUUUAUAAUUCACGCAAUGCGCGAUUGAACGAUAGAAUUGUGUGUAGAUAAUUAUUACAAUUUUGCUUAAUUUUACACAUAUAUAUAUAUAUAUAUAUAUAGAUGUUAAUAAGUAUAACAGAAGCUAAAGAAAAGAAAGAAUUGUAAAUCACGCGACUACAUUUAUUGAGAGAAUUUUAACAGUAUCAUUAUUAUCAGCGAGUAGCAUCACCAUCACCGAUUCUCAAAGAAAAUAUUGUAAAUAUUAAAUAUAAUAAAAUGUUUCGGAAUAAAUUAUAUCGUGUGUAACAAAAAAAAAGAGUUAGUACAUAAGAGGAAAUAAGCAAUCUCUAUUGAUGUUAGGUGCAUGUUGAUGUCUAACGAUUUUUAUUAUCGGAAACAAGUGAAGUUUAUGAAUGUAGCAGUGAAAUAAGACUUGACAUAAAUCAUGUUUAUCAUUAAUAGCGACCUACUGCGGUAAUCAUCCAUGAGAAGUAGUUUUGCUUAUUGUAUGUUGAAAUUUUGACUCAAAGUUGUUCGCAUUUUCACUAAAAAAAAAAAAAAAAUUAAUAAAUAAUUCAUUAUAUUAAAUAUAUCCAUCAUUAAUUCGUUUCUCGUUUUCCCCGACGAAUAGACGAUAGAGAUUUAACGAUAAGCAUCGUAAUAAUGUGUCACCAGAAUAAACAUAUAAGUAAACUAAGAUACAUACGCGAAAAACAAAAACAAAAUACAAGAACGCGCAUGCCUUAUUUACUGCCACUGAGUAAAUCUUCGCGCGCGAGGAAGAAACGAAAUAAUGAUAUUAUAUAUAUAUACGUAGAAAGAUCGAAAGUUCUCCAAGAGCUAUGGAAUUGUAUGACAAACUAAUCAAUCGUGUACAUCUGUACAUAAAGCAACGUCAGCCAGCAAUAAGCAAGCAACGACGUUCAUUAAUUUAAUGAUAAUUUUCUGUUAUGAAAUAACGCAUCUAUAGGAGGAGUGUUUAAUAUAUUUAAGUUUUAUCUUUAUUUCUUUAUCUUAUUCUUUCUUUUUUUUUCUUUUUUAAAAUAUCAAAAGUUUAAACAUAUAUAUACAUAUAUAUAUAAUCGAUAACCAAAGGAUUUCUCAGUAAUAUUACAAACAAGAGAGAUACUUUCGAUUGCGUCACAUUCAUAAAUUUUGUGAACAAGAAGUACAUUAAUUAUAUGACGGAUUUAUUGGCACAAAGCAAUCGAUCAAAGAUAUUCUACGUAUAAAGUUCUCGUGUAGACUUUGGAAUUUCGUGAGUGAAAAUCUUUUGCCCGCAAAACUGUUAAUAAAUUUAUAUAAGUAUUGCAUGAUCAAAAUUACGUUUUUAACAUCGCAUUUAUUAUGUUUGAUAAUCGUAUUGUCAAAUAGAUUAUAAAUGAUAAUUUAUCGUACUGCUAAUACACUUUAUACCGUUGCAAAGAUGACUGAAUGUUGAACACUCCGUUUCAUUUACGACUCUGAUAACAAAUUAAGAAAAAAAAAUGAGAGAAGCAAAAGAUACGCGUAAUUGUUGAAAUUAUCAACAGAAAAUAUUCAUAGCUUGUUGACAGUAUAUCUUGUUUACAGAAAAAAAAAAAAAAAAAUACAGAGGACAUUUUCAUGCUUUUCGUGUCUGUCGUGAAAUUUUUUGAUAUUAACAAGCUAUACAGAUUAUCGACACCGAUAUUCUAGUCUUUCUCAUCUCAUACAAUGAUAUGCAAUAACGUCUUUGUGUAUGAAUAUACGAAAUUUUAAUUCGCAAAAAUAACUUUUAAAAUGACUUUCGCGAUUGUAUAAAUGUACAAUCAAGAUCGCGUCAAUUCUUACAACUAGCUGCUCACUCAAGUAUCCGAAUUCUGUGAUAAUCUCGCGAGGACAAAAAGAAAAAGACUGAUUAGGAAGACCCCAAAUCUUUACUACAAUAUACAUAUGCAUAUAUCGUCACUUUUCUGAAGAAAAUUAUUGAACGCAUAAAAAAAAAAAACAUAAUUUGAGCAUGUUGCCUCGCUGCCUUUAAAUUUCGCAUUUUUUAUCACUAUCAACAUCAUCAUUAGUCGUAUUAAAGUAGAAUAUUUGUUGAAAAUAUCGAGAAAAAUAGAUUGCGAGAAAUUGGCGCGAUCUUUAAAAUCUUUGACACUUGAUUGAGCACGUCACAUCCGAUCUGCUUUCCGAUUUGAUGAGAAAGCGCGUAUAAUUAAGAUCAGUUUCUCCCAAUGCCAAAUUAUUGAUAAAUUCCUUCCCUCGUUAGUCUAAAAUAAAUACUGUAAGCACACUGUGUUAAUAAAUAACUCUGAGUCUGAA